UUAAAAUAAAAGACUAGGGGUGUGUCCACCGUGUCCAGGAGUCUUUGACAUCACAAUGGCACGAACAACCACAGUCAAGUCAUCGUGCAUGAUGCGCCCGUUGAAACCAUAUGUUUAUGGGUUUCUUUUCUUAACUAUAUUUGGAUUUAUGUUCUAUCUUUCGGUCUUUAUUCGCUACUCGUCUGGUACUUCCAUGUUCACGUUCGACGAAGAGGGAAGGGCCAAUGUGUCUGGAAUGCUUCACAUUUUGCCAACAGUGCACCCAAUAUUGUUGGACCGACAGUCUUACUUCAUUCAGGACAGGAGGGUAAAACAGGUUAACUGCACUGCAAUCUUUGACGGGGAUGAAAAUGAAACAGCGCUAGCUGAGCGCCUUGCUUCUACAGAUAAUCGGACUUUUUUCCAAUCAGAUAAUUACAUAAAAAUGACUUCAAAUUGUUCAAAGUUUAUUUUGGAUAGAGGAUACAUUACUGAUUCGCUCGACGAAAUGGAAAAUGAAUUUCCAAUUGCUUUUAGUAUACUCAUGUUUGUUGCAAUUGAACAGGCCGAACGAUUACUUCGUGCAAUAUAUCGUCCUCAAAAUCUUUACUGCUUUCAUAUAGACGCAAAAAGUGAUAAUGACUUGUAUGACGCAAUGUCACGCGUGGCCGCCUGUUUUGACAACGUACACGUGCUUGAUGAACGCGUGGAUGUGCAAUGGGGCCAAAUGUCCGUGCUUGAACCUGAAUUACUUUGUAUGGAGCAUCUGUGGAGCCGUAGUGCCAAAUGGAAAUAUUUUAUUAACCUGACCGGUCAGGAGUUUCCGCUCAAAACCAACAACGAAUUAGUCCGUAUUCUGCAGGCGUACAAUGGUUCAAACGACAUCGCAGGAACUAUUAAAAGAGCCAACACAAAUCGAUGGGCCAAUGCAGGACCUCCACCACACGGCAUUGUUCCAACAAAGGGUUCCGUUCACAUAAUUGCAAGUCGUGGCUAUGUGGAUUUCGUGCUUCACGACCCUAUUGCCGCUAACUUACUAAACUGGACCCGAAAGACGGCGGUUCCUGACGAGACCUUCUUCUCGACGCUCAAUCAUAAUCCGUCCUUAGGAGUACCGGGAUCAUACAAAGGCAUACCGGAGAUAGACGAAGAAAUUAAGCCAUUCCUUGCCCGUUACAAGAACUGGGGAGAACGGAAAUGUCAUGGGAAGCGGGUGCGCGGCGUUUGCGUGAACGGGGCCCGCGACCUCCCUCCCUUGAAGGAUACUCAUCAACUAUUCGUUAACAAGUUACAUCAGGAGUUCCAUCCACUGGCAUACGAUUGCCUCGAGGAGUUGCUGUUCAAUAGAACCAGGGACGGCCACCUCGGACUGAGAAUCUUCAAUUCAACCUUUUAUACUAAUCUCGGAUUUGUGAAAAAUAAAGUUGGCCGCUGAUGUUAUGUGAGCUUUUUUGCUUUAUUCAUGGUUUGAUUGAGCAAGCGCUCGACUGUUGAAGCUUUCAACUUUUAAAUUGUAUUGAUAACACUAUUUAAUCUUAAUGCUAUCUUUGUUGUUCUAAGGACAUCGUUAAGGAUCUCCUAAUGAGUGCCUUGUAUGUAUGCUUGGUUUCUUAAGUCGUCUUACACGAUAAUUAUAACAUGAAUUCCUGCUGUUCUUGUCCCUGUAGUGCCAUUGUGUUUCUCCCGUUUUUAUCACACAAAACUGUUGAUGCAUGACGAUUGAGAAAUUCAGCUUUCUGCCAUCUAUAAUUAAUAUAUUGUUUUACCUAAAGUUGACAAGGAAAUGUUGUAAAUAUCAAAACAUUAUGUGUGUUAAACCUUCAGGCAUCUGAAACAUGAAUGUCGGCAUUCAGAUGUUGUUUUGUAAGUAUUUUAAAAUUGUUUUUCAGUUUUAAGACAGAAAUAUUUACACAUCAGAAACACAGGUGAAGGGCCCAGUUUAUCAUAAACAUUACUAUCAAAAACUUUAAAGGUACAAUUUGUUCGCCCUUGUGCAUUAUUAUACAUGCACUUGAUGCGCCUAUGUGAUUCGUAAAACCUUAAAUAUCCUUCAAUUGCCGAAAGGUUACAUGUCCAUGUUGCCAGGUGUCUUUCAGUGAUUUCAGAGGCAUAUCCUUGUGCAUUAUUAUACAUGCACUUGAUGCGCCUAUGUGAUUCGUAAAACCUUAAAUAUCCGUCAAUUGCCGAAAGGUUACAUGUCCAUGUUGCCAGGUGUCUUUCAGUGAUUUCAGAGGCAUAUCCUUGUUGCAUUAUCAUCUAUAUUCAAAUGAUAUGUGACGAGUCGUCAUAAAACACAAUUGUAUUCAUUCUUUUUAAGAUAUAAAGAAUAAUUAUUUUAGUUAUUCUAAAAAAACAUAUUGCCGAGCUAUAAUUAUGUACACGUAACCGAGACCCUUCUUUUGUGUUCACAUGAUUAAAGUAUUCAAGCUGAAAAAUAGUAUCCCUUUGUACAGCAUUUAUACAAUAGAGGAAAUGUGAUACAAAUAGGUCAAUUAUUGAAUUGAUAAGCUAUCGUAACACUUAGCCAUCAGGAUCAUGCCUCUGCCAAUGAGAUUCUUAGACAGAUUCAUAUUUUAUCAUUAAGAAGAGCUCUGACCACCAAAAUUCAAUUAAACAGAGUACAAAUGCCAAAUUUCUUGUAGAAACGAAAACAAACGCACAAUUUCAAUACAUUAGUUUGAUUUAUUAUUAAGUUAUUUCGAAGGUCGCAGUUGCAUACAGGCUAAUCAAUAUGCAUUCGAUAGGCAUUCCGCGCUAUGAAUAUUAACAAAGUAAGCAUUUAUUUUUGAUUUUUCAAACGACUUAAUAAUUAAAAAAGACCACAAAUAAAGACUAAUCUUCAUCAAGCCUUUUCGGGUGAUGUUUAUUUUAUAGCAUAACGUUGUAGCUCAUUUGAGUUUCGGUCGUUUUAUUAUGUUAGCCUUUAAUCCGUAGUACGUACAUUGCCUACAAUAUGCUAACAUUUCAUAAGGCAACUAAAAUAAUUAAACUACUCUGUGAUGUUAUUCGAUUCACACCCAUUUUUUCUAACUGAACAAAUUACAAAUUGUGUACAUAAGCAACGUGUCACAUUAUAUAACCACCUCGAUCAGUCGCAAAGUCAUCUCUUUGUACUUCCAUCUUCAUGUUGUUUAAAAAUUAGAAGUUUGUUAAUAAGGUCACUUUGUCGAAUACAUAGCGGUUACGUUCAACCGACUUCAUUUAUAUUUUCACAUUGCUUAUUACUUUGUAACUUAUGUGGUUUAAUACUU